CAGAAGGAAGCAGAACAGACACGGACUCGGAUCCAUGGGGCUGGGGGCUCUCAUCGUCCUCCUCCUCCCCUUCCUCUUCAUCAGGACAGCCAGCUCCCAGCUGCGGGUGAUGACGGACCCCUCCUCCCAGGCCCUGCUGGGCGCCGAGGCCCGGCUGCGGUGCCACUUCGAUGUCGGGGGGCCGGUGGACCUGCACUCCCUCUGGGUGACCUGGUAUCUCUGGGACGAGAAGAUCGCGCAGUACGAUGAAGGCGGGAGCUGGGCCCAGCCUGGAGCCAGCCUGGUGGAGAACCAGUUGGAGAAGGGAGACGCCUCCCUGGAGCUGGUCAAAGUCACAGUGGGACACGAGGGGCUGUACACGUGUGCCGUGGGCUACGGGGCGCAGCAGCAGCAGGGGAGCACCAGCCUGCGCGUGCUCGCUCCCCCGACCAUCUCCACCCCGCAGCGCGCAGCCGUGGCCGGUGCCAUCACCUCCCUGCCCUGCCACGUGGGGGGCUUCUACCCCGAGGCCGUGGACGUGGCGUGGCUGAGGGACGGGCAGGUCCUGAACGGUUCCACCCGCUACAGCCCCCAGAGGAACCUGGAUGGGACCUUCAACCUCACCCUGACCUACACCUUCGCCCCGGUCCGGAGCGACACCGGCGCCGUCUUCGCCUGCCGCGUCCGCCACGCGGCGCUGGGGCAGCCCCUGCACGAGGAGUUCCCCCUGGACGUGGCAGGUGGGGCCUCGCAUCGCACCGGCGCCGUGAUCGGAGCAUCCCUGGGGCUCGCGGUGGCAGCAGGAGCUGCGGCUGCCACGGCCUUUUACUGCUGGAGGAGGAGGAAAGGUGGGAAACCCCCCUACACCAUCUCCAAGGUGCAGGGGCCAAAGAAGUGCCUGCUGGGCCAGGAGGUGACCCUGCACUGCUGCAUGGAGGGGACCUUCCCCGAGGACACGGCCGUGACGUGGGAGCGGGUCCAGGGCGAGGACAGGACGGCCACCGAGCCGCACGGGGACACGGCCGACCCCGAGCGCCUGCCGCUGUUACGCGCCCUGCCCCCGGGCUGGACCGCGACGCAGGAGAGAAGCGCGACCGGCCUCACGGCCUCCCUGACCUUCACCGCCGCGGUGCAGGACGACGGGGUGCGCGUCCGGUGCUGCUUCCACCACGGGGCCAAGCGCAUCGGGGAGCAGCGGGAGUCCCGGGAGAUCCGGGUGCGGGCGCGGCCGGAGCUGUCCGGGAUCCAGGUGUGGCCGCGCUGGGACCCCCUGGACCAGGUGCCGUUCGCCGUCCGCCUGCACGGCUUCUACCCCCGCGGGAUCCACCGCAUCGCGUGGAGCUGGGACGGGGACGGUGCCGGGAGAGAAGAGCCCCCCGACAUCAGCCCCAACCCGGACGGCACCUUCACGGCGACGAGCGUGUGGAGAGUGCCCAGCCGGAGCCUGACCGGCCCGGGGCUGCGAGUGCGAGUGUGCGUGCAGCACGGCCCCGCAGACCCCCCGCUGGAGACAGAGCUGCGCCUGGGGGACGCCGGGCUCCUGCGGCCCCCGGCGCUGUCGGACAUCUCCCAGCCGGAGUCAGUGCCCGUGGGGAGCAGAGUCAUCCUGAGCUGUCAUGUUUGGGGACAUUUCCCGGCAGAGCUGAGGGUGACCUGGCUCUGGAAGGGCACGGGACAGGCUCCAGCCGUGCCCCUGGCGGACUCUGAUGACUAUGAGAUCCAACCGGGCACGGCCGAGCAGGCACCGGACGGGAAGAGUUUCCAGCAGGAAACAAGACUGAUCUUCACCCCGUUGGCGCAGAGAGACCAGGGCGCCCGGUACAUCUGCCGUGUGCGGCACGUGGCCCUGGAGCAGCCCGUGGAGAAGAGCAGCGCGGAGCUGCAGGUGACAGCACGCCCCCAAGCACCGAGCCCAGCCCCCUGCCAAGAACAGAAGCCAGCUCAUGGCCCAGCACUGAGCCGAGCCCCCGACCCACCACAGCAAAGCAGCUGUGUGCUCUCCUAGCAAGACAGAGCUGGAUCAUGCACGUGGCAGGUGGCGGCAGAAGUGGAGGUCGAUCCUCUAGCGACAACAAGGGAUAAAAGACCAUUUGCACCCUGGCAGCACGUGCGUCUACCCCUGGAGGCCAUGGACAUGCAGCCCCGUGCUCCCGACUCCUUCCCCAAGGCCGCGCUACGGCUCCAAGCACGGGGGAGCCUGGAUGAGGCUGAAGUUGGUUGUUUAUUCCCAAUUCCUUAUUCCUGGUUCCCGGUUCCUUUUUCAAAGCUCAUCUAGACUCAGUAAAAACUUUUUAUUAAUGAACUACA